AUGACUGAUUUUCAACCAUUACAACAAAAGCCUGAAUCAACAGAUGUUGCCCGCACGGAAUUUGAGAGGGGAUUGGAGGAAUUGAUGCGGGGGCAUUUGGAUAAUUGUAUGUCUUUUGCUUCAUGUAGUUCUAACCGUAACGUGGAUGAUGAAGAUGAUGAAGGGGAUCAGCUUGUGCGCAGAAGACGUAGGUCUGAUCUUGAGGGUGAUGAUUUGGCUGAGUCAUCAGCUGCAAGAAGGCGCCACUCUCGAAUUUUGAGUAGAUGGGCUGCUCGCCAGGCACAAGAGAUGAUAACUACUAUGGAGAGGAGGAAUCGUGAGUCCGAGUUGAUGGCACUUGCAGGUUUGCACACGGUUUCUAUGCUUGAUUCCUCGUUUUUGAGGGAAUCGCAGUCGCCUACUGCAAGAAGGCAGGGCACUGUUGAAAGGCCAAGUACUCAGGCAUCUGCGAUUUUGCAAAUGUGGCGGGAAUUGGAGGAUGAUCAUUUGUUGAAUCGAAGGGAGAGGUUGAGGCAGCGAAGGAAUGCUGAGUCUAAUACAAAUAUGUCGGUCUCAAAUGCAUCAGAGAGUCGCGGGAGUGAGAAUCAGGGAAGUUUAGAGGAUGCAAGUGAGAGUGAAAAUGACUUUGGACCUUGGUCACAUGAGCAUAUGGUGUCACGGAACGAGCUUGGGGAUGAUAAUGAGUCUAGCAGGGAGCAAUCUCCUGAUAUCGGAGAAGUUGAGAGGAGUGUGAGGCAGAUUGCUCGGGGAUGGAUGGAGAGUGGCAUUAGCGAUCAUGCAUCUAAUGUAUCCCAAAGGAAUGGCAGUCCUAGAGCAGAAUGGCUUGGUGAAACAGAGAGGGAAAGAGUUAGAAUUGUCAGGGAGUGGGUGCAGAUGUCAAGUCAGCAGCGAGGAGCUCGUGCUAGUCGGAGGGAAGAUCAAGCUGCUGGACAUAACGCACAAGUUGACCAAGCCCAUGAUGGGUCGGUUGCUGACCAUGAUGAAGGGCAACCAGAGCAUAUUCGUAGGGACAUGCUGAGGUUGCGAGGAAGACAAGCGAUUCUUGACUUGCUUGUCAGGAUUGAGAGAGAAAGACAGAGGGAGCUUGAGGGAUUAUUGGAGCAUCGGGCUGUCUCGGAUUUUGCUCACCGCAACCGCAUUCAGUCAUUACUAAGAGGUAGAUUCUUACGAAAUGAAAGACCGGUUGAAGAGGAGAGGCCACCUUCCAUGGCUGCUAGUGAACUAGUUCAAUUAAGGCAGCGGCACACUGUUUCUGGCUUAAGGGAAGGGUUCCGCUCCAGGUUGGAAAAUAUUGUUCGUGGUCAAGUAAGCAGCCACUCUGAUACCACCCCUAAUAAUAACAUCAAUGAUACUAGAAAUGAUCAGACUCAAACAAAUACUUCUCAGGACAUGCAACACGAGGAGAAUGAUCAAUCACAACCUGGGAGUCAAGAAAGCGACAUGCGUCGUUUGCCUGAUCAAGCAAACAACUUGGAGAGCAACACUGCUGCUGACAACUUGAAUUGGCAAGAAACUGCUAAUCUGGGAGAGGGUUGGCAGGAACAAGUUAACAAUGAUGAGAGAGGAAACUGGCCACAGACAGAAUACAGUCAGUUAGAUGAAUGGAGAGCUAGUAAUGCGGAACCUAUGGAUGGAAAUUGGCAAGAGAAUUCAGUCAAUGAAUGGUCCCGGGAAACACCUGGAAAUGUUCCCGGUGAACAAGGUCAUCCACAAGAGUCGCAGGAACUUUGGCGCGAGGGCAACACUAGGGAAGCUGUUGAAAAUUGGACAGGAGGGCCUUCUGAUCCUCCAAGAACUCGCCGUGCUGUUCCAAUUAGAAGAUUCAAUAGAUUUCAUCCUCCUGAUGAUGAUAAUGUGUAUAGUAUGGAGCUUAGAGAACUGUUGAGCAGGAGAAGUGUGUCUAAUCUUCUUAGAAGUGGUUUCCGUGAAAGCCUAGACCAUUUAAUACAGUCAUAUGUGGAAAGGCAAGGUCGUUCUCCCAUUGACUGGGAUUUGCACAGAAACUUGCCAACACCAACUGCCACAUCACCAGAGCGAGACGAGGAGCAGCAGAGAGAUGAACAAAAUGAGGGUCAACAUGAUGCCACACACAGACCUUCACUAGUUUUGCCAUCUCCACCAGUGCCUCCACCUCAGCCACUGUGGCACCAGGAUUUGCACCACACUAGCUGGUCUCGCCAUAGCAUGCAUCGAUCAGAACUUGAAUGGGAGAUGCUUAAUGAUUUGAGAGCAGACAUGACAAGACUUCAGCAGGGAAUGAGCCACAUGCAGAGGAUGUUGGAAGCCUGCAUGGAUAUGCAGCUUGAAUUGCAACGCUCGGUCAGACAGGAAGUCUCCGCUGCUCUGAAUAGAUCAUCUGGUGAAAAAGGAUUAGGUGCAGAGACAUCCGAGGAUGGGUCUAAGUGGGGUAAUGUAAGGAAAGGGACAUGUUGCGUUUGCUGUGACAGCCAUAUUGAUUCUCUAUUGUACAGAUGCGGGCACAUGUGCACUUGUUCAAAAUGUGCAAAUGAGUUGAUCCGUGGUGGAGGAAAGUGCCCGUUGUGCAGAGCUCCAAUUGUUGAAGUUAUCCGAGCAUACUCAAUACUGUAA